CAACAGAAGAACCUGGAGGGCUACGUGGGCUUUGCUAAUCUCCCCAACCAGGUUUACAGAAAAUCUGUGAAGAGAGGCUUUGAGUUCACACUCAUGGUGGUAGGGGAAUCUGGUCUGGGGAAAUCGACGUUAAUCAACUCGCUCUUCCUCACAGACUUGUACUCCCCUGAGUAUCCCAGUCCAUCUAACCGGAUCAAGAAAACCGUUCAGGUGGAACAGUCAAAGGUUCUGGUAAAGGAAGGAGGAGUGCAGCUUCUUCUGACCAUCGUUGACACGCCCGGCUUUGGGGAUGCUGUAGACAACAGCAGCUGGCUGAAGCCUCUAGACAUCGAGUUUAUGAAACGAUUACAUGAAAAGGUCAACGUCAUUCCACUCAUCGCCAAGGCCGACACCAUGACUCCUGGGGAGUGCCAGCAGUUCAAAAGACAGAUAAUGAAUGAAAUCCAUGAGCAUAAAAUCAAAAUCUACGACUUCCCAGAGACGGACGAUGAGGAGGAGAUGAAGAUGAUCAGAAGAAUCAAGGACCGUUUACCGCUUGCUGUCAUUGGUAGCAACACCAUCAUCGAGGUGAAUGGAAAGAGAGCUCGUGGGAGGCAGUACCCCUGGGGAGUGGCUGAAGUGGAAAAUGGAGAACACUGUGACUUCACAAUUCUGCGGAACAUGUUAAUCAGGACCCACAUGCAGGACCUGAGAGACGUAACGAACAACGUUCAUUAUGAAAACUACCGCAGCAGGAAGCUGGCUGCUGUCACCUACAACGGUGUGGACAACACCAAGACCAAGGUCCAGCUGACCAAACCCGAGCCUGCUGACGACAUGAGUCCUCUGGCUCAGAUGGAGGAGGAGCGUCGGGAUCACAUGGCUAAAAUGAAGAAGAUGGAGCAAGAAAUGGAGCAAGUCUUUGAAAUGAAGGUCAAAGAGAAACUCCAGAAGCUCAGAGACUCUGAGGCCGAGCUCCAGAGGCGCAAUGAACAGAUGAAAACCAACCUGGAGAAUCAGCACAAGGAACUGGAAGAGAAACGGCGUCAGUUUGAGGAGGAGAAGGUCACCUGGGAGGCCCAGCAGAAGAUUCUGGAGCAGAAGUUAGAGACCAUAAACAGAGCUAACAAAGGCAAGAAGAAGAUAUUUUAAUCCUGCUGAGGACCGUGCCAACCAAUCAGAUCACCAGCUGGGAUGAGAAGGACCUGGGAGCAGCAGCACCUUGAGUUUAGACUAAACGAUGUUUGGUCUUCUGUUCUGGCACUGUGUUUGACUCUGCUUACCAAGGCUACUUCCUGGCUCUUUCAGAAUACAAGCUCAGGUUUUGUUGCUUCUUUUCCCUUUUGUUCUUUUAUUUUGGGGAAAUUCUGUGUUGAUCUCAGUUUGUUUGAUGCCAAAAACGAACCGAGACGUCAGCCCUUCACUUCCUGUUCAGCAUCAGGACAAAAAGCUGAGGCUGAGCUCGAGCCGGUUCACUCAGCUCCUAAUGGAACCAGGAAGAACAGUUUAAUAUCACCCUCCUACUUCCUGUUUGUCCUUUUUCUAUCUGCCUCGGUGUCGAAGCAUCGUUUCUCUUGUCCAGCUUCUGGAAACCAGACAUGUUCCUGAGUGAGUCCUGCUGAGUGUUUUGGGUCAGAACCCGUCCUGAGGUGUUUGUGUGACUUUUGCUUUGAGCUUCUUUUGCAAAUUGGGGGUAAAAUGUUUUCCUGCAGACGUCCAUGUGUCAGAGGCUGAGCUGCAUUUUGUAACUUCGUGUUUUUAUUGUAAUAAAACUGAGAUGGUAAAA